GACUCCGCCCCUGCUGCCACAGAUAUUCUGGUUUGAGAUGCUGGUUCUACACUAAGGCUGUGAUUCAGGAAAGCGGCAGGCAGAUAAGGCGACUCUACUGCAUUUUACCAUCAGGUGGUGGUAGCGCAUAACUAAUGGUGCCUGGGACAGGGUGAGGGCAGCUCUCCUCUCAGGACCUGUGAGCAAGCAGGACAGCGACGCGUCCCGGGGACGACAUGCUACGCUACAACUCCCAAGUGAGCACUGUCACCUCCACCGCGGCAGAAGCCCCGGAGCAACCAAAUGAGAGGACCAUCCGCCGGCUGCGGCUCACCCUCCAUCCCAGCGAAGCCCACGGACCGGAGGAGGAACGCCGAGCUGCCGGCGAUCCUGGGGCGACAGAGAGCAGCCUCUACAAGAGGAGGAGGAGUGGCUAUGCACGGCGAGAGAGGCCCGUAGGCGCGGAGCUCCCUCUGAAGAGUCAGCCCAGUGUAGCCAAUGGUGCAGAGCAUCUCUCUCCCCCGCCGGACAGGCCCAAGAUCUACGCGGUGGUACAGAGGACUGGAGCUGAUAGCAGGCAGGAAGUGAAGGCCUGCGAAUGGCCAGUCGAUCAAUUGAGAAGCGAGGCGAGCUACAUCCGGGAGGUGCGGGAGUCCCUGGAGAAGGUGAGGGAGAGGAUGUCUGGGCAGUUUAGCGGAACGCAGCAGACGAUGCAGAAACUAUCGCAGGAAAUGCGGUCACAGAUUUCCAGUGGCAAGAGGAGGAACCAAGAGGCAGAUAAUCCUCUGCCGGAUAGAUGCGUCGGCUGCACAGAGACGCGCAGCGAGAUGGGGGUCCUGCGCAGCUCCUGGGAGCAGGCGGAGGAGAGGCUGCAGGAGAUGGACAGGAAGCUGAGUGCAGCCCAGACUGAGAACCACACACUCAGGCUGCAGGUGGAAUCCACACAGGACGCGAACUCCCAAGCUCUCCGCGACUUGACCCAGAGACUGCAGAGCCAGUAUGAGGUUCAGCUCCAGGAGCAGGAAGCAAAGUACAGGGAGGAGAUCACGACUCUCAAGAUGCACUUGGAUGAGUGCCUUAGACGGGCCGAGGAAGCGGAGAGGAAGGCCAGGUUGGCAGAGGCUGAGAUAGCGGAGAAGGACAGGAGGGUCCAUGAAGUGGAGCGGCUCUUGGGCUGCAUGGGCCAGGAGAGGACGCAGCUGGAGGGGAAGCUGCGGGAAUGUGAGGAACGGCUUCAACGGCUGCAGCAGGUGCAGCAUGCGGACACAGCGACCGCCAGGAGGUCCCGACAGCUGGAAGAGGAGGCAGCUGGGCUGAAGGAGAGGAUCAAGCACUUGAAUGACAUGGUGUUCAGUCAGCAGAAGAAGGUGAAGAGCCUGAUUCAGCAGAUUGAGGCUCUGAAAGCCAAGGUGGAACAGAAGGAGCAAUAUAUUACAGAGCUGCUGGACCGAAUUGCCAUUGUGGAGUGUGAGAAUAACGAGUUAGAAGACAAACUGAAAUAUUACACCUCGCUGGAAUCUGAGAGACAAAAUCAAGCCACAGUUUCACAUGCAGACCAAUCUAAUCCUCUCUCCCCACAUCCAAGGUCUGCUCCAUCGAAAAUAUACACGCCUUACAUGAGGCUGAUGGAAAUCACAGCUGCGAUUAAGAUCAAUAAAGAAUAUGAAUAACAUUAAGACUAAAAUGUACAAUUUCUUACUGUGAAGAUCACCGGAAUGUGCCGACACUGCUCUUAAAAAGAUUUUUUUUUAUUUGUGCA